AUGAAGAGCGCCCGCUGCACUUCCUGCACAUGUGCGUAUCCUUCCGCAUUUUGGGGCUGGAAGCGCUCGUUCCGAGCGUUUUUCUUCCACCGGGUCACGUGGCUGCGCUUCUCUGGUCCUAAUACCAAGCCAGCAAGGGCGUGGGAGGGUUGCGAGCAUCAUCGGUCAUCGGCGAUCGCGAAUGGAGAGCGCCCGCUGCACUUCCUGCACGUGUGCGUAUCCUUCCGCAUUUUGGGGCUGGAAGCGCUCGUUCCGAGCGUUUUUCUUCCGCCCGGUCACGCGGCUGCGCUUGACUGGUCCUAUUACCAAGCCAGCAAGGGCGUGAGAGGCUUGCCAUCGUCGAACCGCGCUUCCGCGAAGCGGUCUCGACAGCAGAAGCAGGAGCGACUCGAGGAGCUCGAGAUUCAGAGCGCGAAGCUGCGCGUCGAGAAUGCGGCCGUCAUGCGGCGCUUGAACGAGGCGUCUGAGCACAUUCGGCAAUACCAAGAGAGCAACGACCGCCUACAGAACGAGCUCAAACGGCUACGCGACGCGCUCGCUCGCGCCGGCGUUCCCGUUGCGAACAAGCCGGCUGACGCGGCGGCGGACGCGGAUUUCGCGCUCAAGGUUGGUCAGGCGGGGAAACAGGAGGUGGCGGAGCCUUUGGCGGAAGGCGCGGGUAACAAGCGCGCGAGAUUAGUGGCGUCGACGAGUUUUGAAGAGUCGGAAGAGGAGGGCGUGCAUUCCCCCAGCGCGAUCACUGGCGCGACCGCGCCUCCGUCGCAUGCAGAGGGAGUCGCGGCGGAUGCGGCUGUGGUGGCGCACGGGGCGAACGCGGGGAAUGAGGGGCUGGCGCGGGCGCGCGCGGAGGGCGCGGGGAUGGCGGGCGCGAAGGGGAUGGGGAUGAAAGAUGCAGACACAUUGGCGGACGCUGAGUUCAUGGCGGGGCUGAUUGGAGUACACCCCUCUUCCUAG